AUGGAAUUGCUGGCGGUUGGUAUGAUCGUGCAAGUCGUCAUAGACGCUAUAUUCUUUGUGAUACAUCUAUGGAUGUUGAUCGCUCUUUGGCGGGGGAGUCAUUUUAAAUGGGCUUUGAAGCCGCAUCUAACUUUGGUUUUUGCUACGUCGCUUUUACUAUUAUUGCUAAACGCCGGAAUCAACCGUCCAUACAGCUAUCACAUCAUACUCCCCUGGUUGACCUGGUGGACCCAAUGGCUAUCGAGCAAUGGGAAAUUCCUGGCCCUCCGCUUCAUCAUCGUUUUCCAUAUUCAUUCCAUCAGCACCACCGCAACUCUUGCGUAUAAUGUCGUUCAACAUCUAUCCACUUUAUAUGUGCGCAAAAUGCGCAAAAAGCUACCCAAAUGGACGGUCUACGUCCUUGCGUUUUUAUUUCCGCUGCCAUUUUUCGGGUAUCUGAUGUAUUACCUAUUUAGAGUGACGGCACGAUUAAAUGAGGUUUUACAAACCUAUCAAGAAGCGCUAGCGGUUUAUGCCACUUACCUAAUAGUAUGCAUCCUAUUAAUGGCAUUCAUCAUGUUUUACCAUACCGAAAAACCAGCAUCUCAUCCCAAGACCACAAAGCCCUACAGGAAGUACCUAAUUCGCGGAGCCAUUUUAUGCUUCCAAUGCCUGUUGCCAGGAUUUAUGAUCUACUAUUCGACCGUAUUUUCCGAGUCACUCACCGAAAUCCUUAGCAUCGCCUCGUAUUCAAAUCUUUGUAUUGAGAUCUACGCCAUUUUUGCUCCGUUUUUCGCGCUGUGCAUGGAGAAGGCUGAUCGAAAAAAUGGAUGUCGGUUGAAGGUAGACGCAAAGUUGCGCGACGAACUGAUGCUCGGAGCUCACCUCGAUUUUGCUCACUCGACCAAUCUGGCGAUCCUUUUCGAUCCGCUGCUGCGGUUUAUUAAGUCGUUUGUGGAUGAUUGCGCCACCAAUGGGAUCUCAGCCGAAAUUUGCGGAUCUCCGGAGCGGCUGCACAAUUUUUUGGGGCGUGGGGAGCGAUUUUCACAGCUAUUUUUGGACACGAUACAGCAUCUUCGAGAAGAUGAGCAAAAAGUAGCGAGCAAUCAAGAUGAGCAUUUGAUGCCGCAGAAUUGGCGUUGCAACUUCGACCACUACCUUCAUGACUACGCCCUAGUACGAAUGACGGCAAAAGAAUCGGUACUCCGCGAUUUGUCGUGGGUGCUGGAACGGGCCGGCUUCGGACCGAAUCGCGUUAAAUUUAUCAAAGACAACCUUGCCGAAUCGGUUGCCAGUUUCCAUGUCUUCCAAAAAUCAGAUGCCUACCUCGUCUCAUUCUAUAUAACUCUAAAAUCUUUUGCUUUUCUCCGCGACUUGACAGCGUACAGCUGGGCACCGUACGCCGAUGUUGUUCAAUGGCGGAACGUAAAGUCUUUCUACGCUUCACAACUUGAUGCGCCAAUGGAGCAUGUUCAAUUCAUGUCCUCAAUAGCAGCUCGGUUCCGAAUAUCUACGCAUCAACUGCGGACUUUUAUAAACGCAACGUUGGCGCUUACAGUUCCUGAGAUUAAUAACGCGCAAGAUUGGCUUGUCGAACUCUGCCCCCUACCAACAUUUGACGAUCCAGCGUGCCGAAUAUUGCCGCCAUUCGUUGAGAUGCCUUCGCAACAGCGGAUAGCCAGUCGAUAUUCAAUCACCGCAUGUACAAUCUUCAAAAAUAUGUCCACCCUAUUAGCUGCUCUGAUGUGCUACCUCCACAACCCAAAUGCCAUGAAAAACGAGUCAAGUUAUUAUGACGGUUGGGAUGAAAGGAGGCCGUGCCUUGGCGAAAAUAACGCCGGCUCGCUGACGGACAUCUUUUGGAAGUUCGGCAUCAGACGGUAUCGUUUGAAGAAAUUUGUGUUGGUUCGAGAACCAAUGGAGCGCUUUUUAUCGGGUUAUGUCAAUCAGUGCAGGCACGUCAACCGCUGUGAUGGAUGUAAAGAUAUAAAUUGUACGCUCACUAAAGUGGAGCAAUACGGGCGGGACCUGGCGCAAAAUAAUACCUACGAGGGGCCAGAGCGCUUCCGGAAGCAUAUCAAUGCUCACUUUUUCCCGCAAGGCUGGCGGUGUGAUUUCGUGACGGAUUUCCUGGACUACGACAUCAUCCGGUUCAACAGUCGAGAUCAGGCGGAAUUGUUACGCGGACUUGAAAGAGUGCUGAAAAAUGCGGGAAUUCCGAUGGCAGAAAUACGAUUUGUAGCCAAAAAACUUGAGGAAGGCCGUGGCAGCCAUUCGACUGUCGGAAACACGGAGACGACGGAUGCCCGGCUUGAACUCGAGCAAAACCCUGCUCUACUACGACAGGUA